GGAGUCGGGACAUGGGAUUUGGAAAUCAGCGCUUCGGGAUAAGGAGAAGAGAAAUAAGAACAGCAUCGUCUCCUGCCGAGGUGCGCUGAAUAAAGAUGGACUCCGGGAGGGAAAUCAGCGUCCCGUGACUCAGAAGACAGCUCAGGGCAAAGGUGACAUGGAGCUACUUCAGUGUUGUGUCUGGAGUCCAUCGGCAGCUGACACAAACCGGCCGUAAACGCUCGCCUGACCUGAUGCGGCAUCGAUGAACCGGCGCGCCCAGCGACACAGCCGGGAGCUAACGGGCUCGAACCAUGUAGCAGUGACAUCUGAUCUGAGACAGUCCGACGGCAGCCAGCAUGGAAGUGCAGACCACCUCUCUGAUUUGGAUUUACGUCAACAGUACAGAGCCAGCCAACGCCUCCGAUGAGUACAACUCCACCGACAGCGCAGAGAAGUACCACUCCUACGUGGUCGGCCUCUUCCUGUCCUGCCUCUACACCAUCCUCCUCUUCCCCAUCGGCUUCAUCGGCAACAUCCUGAUCCUGGUGGUCAACCUGAACCACCGCGAGAAGAUGACCAUCCCCGACCUUUACUUUGUCAACCUGGCAGUGGCCGACCUCAUCCUGGUGGCCGACUCGCUCAUCGAGGUGUUCAACCUGAACGAGAAGUACUACGACUACGCCGUGCUGUGCACCUUCAUGUCGCUCUUCCUGCAGGUCAACAUGUACAGCAGCAUCUUCUUCCUCACGUGGAUGAGCUUCGACCGCUACGUGGCGCUGGCCAGCUCGGUCAGCUGCAGCGCGCUGAGGACCAUGCAGCACGCCAAGCUCAGCUGUGGCCUCAUCUGGAUGGCGUCCAUCUUGGCCACGCUGCUGCCCUUCACCAUCGUGCAGACGCAGCACCGGGGCGAGCUGCACUUCUGCUUCGCCAACGUCUUGGAGAUCCAGUGGCUGGAGGUGACCAUUGGCUUCCUGGUGCCCUUCUCCGUCAUCGGCCUGUGCUACUCCCUGAUCGGCCGCAUCCUCAUGAGGGCCCAGAAGCACCGCGGGCUGUGGCCGCGGCGGCAGAAGGCACUGCGCAUGAUCGUGGUGGUGGUGCUGGUCUUCUUCAUCUGCUGGCUGCCAGAGAACGUCUUCAUCAGUAUCCAGCUGCUGCAGGGCACCGCCGACCCGGCGCGGAGGACCGCCACCACGCUGUGGCACGACUACCCGCUCACGGGGCACAUCGUCAACCUGGCGGCCUUCUCCAACAGCUGCCUCAACCCCAUCAUCUACAGCUUCCUGGGGGAGACCUUCAGGGACAAGCUGAGGCUCUUCAUCAAGCAAAAGGCCAGCUGGUCACCCGUGGACCGCUUCUGCCACCAUGGCCUCAAUUUGGGCCUCAGGACUGAGGUGUCGGAGGUGUGAGGGGGCCCCAAAAAGGAAUGAUUACCUCCACCUUUUAUGUAGAUUAGGAAUCUUAUCACUUUUUGAACAAAAACAUCCAACACAACGCUACAUAAUCAAUAUCUCUCAAGUCACGCUUCAGCGAGGGACUGUAGGAUACUUUAGAGUAGACAGUGUACAGCUUGUAUAUUUGUCCUGUAAGCCCUCAGGGCAGAUAGUAUUGCUGAUCUAAAUGCCCUUACGUGCUCAACAGAUUUGCUCUGCCAGGGAAAAGUGUAGGAUACUCUUCCCCUGUUAUACAGAAUUUAUUUGACCUUUUGUCGUUAUGCUAAUUUGGAGCGGCCGGACCGGAGCAGGAGGGGAUAGAAAAGAAGAGAGAAGAAAACAGAGUGGGAACAAUACAUUAUAGAUUUACAAUCGACGGACAAUAACACACAUCCAUUAUUGUAUAAAUAGCUAACACAGUCAAUAAAAACAGUCACUGUGAUACAAGCUGUACACUGAUUACUCUUAAGGGUGUCCAACUUUACUUUCAGUAGUGGUGUCCCUUGAGAAGAUAUACUGAGAUGUGAGGGGCUUCACAUUCACUACUUCUACACAUGUACAUGUAAGCGUUCUGUGACAAAAGCCUGUAAAAGCUGGCAUUCUCCCGCUUUUUUUCUGUGACGCUGUUCUGCAUGAACCGCACCGACUUGGAAUGCGGAGGACAAAGUCCAGCUGGCACUUUCCUACCUUUCUGAGGUAGUAUCAGGGGUGGGACAACGCCUGUGUAAAAGGGAAUUCUGCACCCCCGUCACUCACUUUUCCCGCCCCUAUUGUGUUGAAUUAAUUGUCGGACAAGGAUUUUAAACUUCUGGUGUAAAAGGAUCUCGAUUGGAGGCUAAAGAGAACUCCGCCAAGGCCGGACUGCUAUGGUUGUCUUUCAACUUCACCCUUCAGCAACUCAUGUUUCUUUGGCUUAGUUUUUAUCCGGACGCCCCACAACCGUCACAUUCAUCUGGGCUUGGGACCAGCAACGGAGAGCCCCGAUGGCCAGGUGUUAGGUGUUACGCAAACUGGCCUGUAAGUGGUGGUUAUUCGCAUUAGAUCAUAGCAGUCCAACAAGAGACAUCAAUUCGGAGAACUAGCCACUUGAAAUUUUGAACUGAAGGUUACAAAAAUCCUGGACACCACAGCUGUGACCCAAACUUCCAAACUAUUUUAUCGCAUCAUUUGACCACGCCCCUCAGCUAUCUUUUUAAGUUAACUUAAAUGUUAGCAUAGUUGGCAACUCUGAUAAAUACAGUACAUCCAGUUCUAUCAAAUACAUCCAAUUAUGUACUGCAGUUUCCAUUAUCUUCAAAGUGCCUAUUAUCUGACUGUAAGUGUGCACAUACUAUAUAAUAUACACCAUAAAGACCAUUACAAUAUGCAAACAUUAAACACUGCAUAUAUUAGGGUGUGUGUAACAUUUGACAAUAAUGGCUUACAGUAUAGGGACUAUGUAACAAUGACUUUGGCUUUUCAUGGCAUCAUCAUCUCUUUCAUCAUUUCUAUAGUUUUAUCACGUUCACGUUUUUAGUCGCCCUUUGUGCACAUUUUAAAUAUCCUUUGAAAAGUACACAAACAAAAUGUUUUCCAGUUUGUUUUUAUGU